CCAGCAGCAGCAGUUCACCUUCGUGGCCGCUCUGGAGCGCUGCAGGGAGAACGCCCACGACAAGAUCCGGCCCAUCUCCAGCAUCGGACAGGUGGCGGCUCCUGGGCUGACGGGCGGUGGGCCGGGCCCGUGGGGGCCUGCCAGGCGCAGAUUUCCUGGGCAAUCCCUUGCUUAAAAGAUGCAACUGAGGCCCGGAGGGGGCAAGCAGCUUUGUGCCAGAGACAGGACUCGGAGCCUAACUAGUGGAACGAGCCAGGCGUCCCCUCCCCAGGCCUGUGAGGAGGGGUUACAAACACGGGCCGCAGACUGGCGGCCAGGGUUCAGGUCCCGGCUCGGCACCACGUGCCCUCUGUGACCUCCAGCCCGGAGGCACCUGUGCCCAGUUGUCUGCGCUGCAGAGUGAGAACCUCCGGGGCGUUUGUGGAUUUAGGGAGAUCACGAGGGAGACUCUCAGCCAGCGUCUGAUGCCUGUGGUCCUGGCUGUCGGACGCUAGUGGGGUCUGAGAAGCUGCAAGGGGCCAAGCGCAUUGCUCCGUCCUCUAGCCCCCAUCUGCAAACCUUUUCACGGAACCUGGUGUCCUCGUGGGUUGGCUGCCAUCCCAGUGUGCUCUGCAGAACUUGGAGGCCUCGAGACCGAGCACACCUUCCAGCCAGUAGCGCACACCUAGGGAUAUCACAACUGCGGACAUGCUGUGGGCCCACGAGUCAGCGUGUAGAAGGCCCGCGGCUCAUGGGGCGGGGCGCGUGCCGGCACUAGAGCUCCGACCUGCUUAGGAGAAGCGCACAGACCCACAGCGAGCAGGGCCCUGCCAGCAGCAUCCUUCAGAAACUUUCUUCUAAUAGAUGUAAAAGCCUCUCUCGAUUUUUUAACUUGAACAUAUUUUAAACCUACAGAAAAUAGCCUCUUUCCCCUGAACUAUUUGGAAGUCAAGUAGCUACAUCCUUUUUGUAGCCCAUUCCCCAAAGGCUCAGACUUCCAAGGCCAAUGGACAGGUUUUCAGUGUCAGGAAGGAGCAUCUGAGACCCUCACCCUGCCCCCACCCCCACCCCAGCCUCUGCUCGACUCUGCAUCAGCGCUCAGUGGCCCCAGCCCCUCAUGGGCACAGGGAGUGGCCCUCUCGCCUUCAGUUCAGCAAAGGCUCUUGGUACACAGUGGCCCCAGGGUUUGACUCUCCAGGGGAAGCGUGGACUCUUGGGCCUCACCCUGCCAUCCCCGGACCUGGGUUACCCAGAGGUGACCGACGCACACACACCAGUACCCCAGUGACUCUGUUGGAGUCACCCUGAGGGCCAGGCCCCCCUUCGCCCUCCGCGGCAGAUAGGGAAGCUGCCAAAGCCUCUGCCCCAGCACAGAGCUGCUGCACUUGGAACCGCUCAGAUCACUGGGGAAGACCUCCCCUGGCAACAGAAGGGCAACCAGCAGCAGCCAGAAAACCCUGGUUUAGACAUAGAAUGUUCUGGCUGCUAGAGGAGGGAGGUGAAGCCCCUGGCCGCCCGCUCGUCACAGGUGCAGAGCUACACGGAGCAUUACUGCAACAACUCCACGGACCGGCGGAUUCUGCUCAUGUUCCUGGACAUCUGCGCGGAGCUGAACAAGCUGUGUCAGCACUUCGAAGCCCUGCACUCCGGCACCCCGGUCACCAACAACCUGCUUGAGAAAUGCAAAUCCCUCGUUAGCCAGAGCAACGACCUGAGCAGCCUCAGAGCCAAGUACCCACACGACGUGGUGAACCACCUGAGCUGCGACGAGGCCAGGAACCACUACGGAGGCGUCGUCAGCCUCAUCCCCAUCGUCCUGGACUUAAUGAAAGAGUGGGUCGCCCACUCGGAGAAGCUGCCCCGCAAAGCCCUACAGCACGUGAGUGAGACCCGGGCACACCAGGAAGCUGCCGGUGCGGCCGCUCGUCCUCCCUGGACCGCAGGCUCCCAGCCUCGGUUAAGAAAGCACAAAUGUAGGCCACUUAUAAAAGACAGCCCCGGGCCUAGGGGGAAGGACAGAGGAUGUUCCAAACCUCCCUGGAGACCCGGCGGGAGACUCUAACUCAGAGCCGGCAACCUGGCGUGGCCCGUAGGGCGCUUGGUCACUUAAUUCAGUCUCCACUGGCUGAUCCAUCCUUCGGCCCCCGCACUCCCCGCCACAGAUGAACCCCCGAGAGCUUGUCCAAUGUACUGUCGAGAACCUCUCUCCCUCUCUUUCACUGCUAAGCUCUCCCCGCCUCUGAGUGUCGGGUUCUGUGCCAGCGACAAGGACCCCACGUCCAGUGUUGUUGCAAGAGGGUGUCCCGGGGAGGCCGCGGAGAGCUGGGGCCAGCAGCCUGCCUGGGUGCUCUGGGGGUUCCCAGCCCGCACCCGGCCAGGCCUGGCCACGCUGCAGGUCCGGCUUUCGGGCUGAGCCGUCGAGCUGGAGGCCUGCCGGCGCCUUUCCCGCCACUGCGGCAACUGCAGGCAAGGCCCGGCUACUUGGCCUGCGGGGGCGCUGAGGGUCAGCACGGUGGCCUUCCUCGGUGUGAUUAGGUCUCCGGACCAAAACCCAAAAGGGAACGAACCUGCCUUUGCUCUCCUUUACUUGGGAGAGGGAGACCAUGAGAGAAGCUGGAAGAAUUCUGAUUUCGUGGCUCCUGUGCAAGGACCGUGUCCUGCUGUCCACAACACAGUCCCGGCCCCGACGUUCUAAAAUGUGUCUCUGGCUUCUGAGCUUGCUGGAAGUGCUGGCUGACUGUCGGCUUUUCCCUUCGCAGGGGGCGACCUAACUUCUGUAUUCUUGCUUCCUCGGGGGCGACCGACAAGAAUAAAAAGUGUUCUCCCAC